CAGACAAAAGAGAUCAACUGCUCUCUCUAGGAAAUACUUAAUUGGGGUGGUGCCUAGGAAAUGCCCAGGGGUCCUGUGACAGAUCGGUUUUUCCCAGAGGGUUUCUGCGGCAUGGGUCCUGGUUGGACGGCAGGCAUUCUGCUCUGAUUUUUCCUGUUGCCUGGCUAGUGACCCCCUACAGGAAGAUAACGGAUAAGCCAGGAGGGCGGAGCAGCCCACUACACAUGUCUGGCUGCUCUUAUCAACUUAUCAUAUAAGGAAAGGAAAGUGAUUGAUUCGGAUACUGACACUGUAGGAUCUGGGGAGAGAGGAACAAAGGACCGUGAAAGCUGCUCUGUAAAAGCUGACACAGCCCUCCCAAGUGAGCAGGACUGUUCUUCCCACUGCAAUCUGACAGUUUACUGCAUGCCUGGAGAGAACACAGCACUAAAAACCAAGUUUGCUACUGGAAAAAGAGGAAAGAGAAGACUUUCAUUGACGGACCCGGCCACGGCAGCGUAGGAGCCCUGCGUUUUAGACGGCAGCAGCUCGGGACUCUGGACCUGUGUGUGCCUUCAAGUUUGCUAAGCUGCUGGCUUAUUACUGAAGAAAGAAUGUGGCAGAUUGUUUUCUUUACCCUGAGCUGUGAUCUUGUCUUGGCCGCAGCCUAUAACAACUUUCGGAAGAGCAUGGACAGCAUAGGAAAGAAGCAGUAUCAGGUCCAGCAUGGGUCCUGCAGCUACACUUUCCUCCUGCCAGAGAUGGACAACUGCCGCUCUUCCUCCAGCCCCUACGUGUCCAAUGCUGUGCAGAGGGACGCGCCGCUAGAAUACGAUGACUCGGUGCAGAGGCUGCAAGUGCUGGAGAACAUCAUGGAAAACAACACUCAGUGGCUAAUGAAGCUUGAGAAUUAUAUCCAGGACAACAUGAAAAAAGAAAUGGUAGAGAUACAGCAGAACGCAGUACAGAACCAGACGGCUGUGAUGAUAGAAAUAGGGACGAACCUGUUGAACCAAACGGCGGAGCAAACGCGGAAGUUAACUGAUGUGGAAGCCCAAGUAUUAAACCAGACCACAAGACUUGAACUUCAGCUCUUGGAACACUCCCUCUCGACAAACAAAUUGGAAAAACAGAUUUUGGACCAGACCAGUGAAAUAAACAAAUUGCAAGAUAAGAACAGUUUCCUAGAAAAGAAGGUGCUAGCUAUGGAAGACAAGCACAUCAUCCAACUACAGUCAAUCAAAGAAGAGAAAGAUCAGCUGCAGGUGUUAGUAUCCAAGCAAAAUUCCAUCAUUGAAGAACUAGAAAAAAAAAUAGUGACUGCCACGGUGAAUAAUUCAGUUCUUCAAAAGCAGCAACAUGAUCUCAUGGAGACAGUUAAUAACUUACUGACUAUGAUGUCCACAUCAAACUCAGCUAAGGACCCCACUGUUGCUAAGGAAGAACAAAUCAGCUUCAGAGACUGUGCUGAAGUGUUCAAAUCAGGACACACCACGAAUGGCGUCUACACGUUAACACUCCCCAACUCUACAGAAGAGGUCAAGGCCUACUGUGACAUGGAAGCUGGUGGAGGCGGGUGGACAAUUAUUCAGCGACGUGAGGACGGCAGCGUUGACUUUCAGAGGACUUGGAAAGAAUAUAAAGUGGGAUUUGGUAACCCUUCAGGAGAAUAUUGGCUGGGAAAUGAGUUUGUUUCACAACUGACUAAUCAGCAACGCUAUGUGCUUAAAAUACACCUUAAAGACUGGGAAGGGAACGAGGCUUACUCAUUGUAUGAACAUUUCUAUCUCUCAAGUGAAGAACUCAAUUAUAGGAUUCACCUUAAAGGACUUACAGGGACAGCCGGCAAAAUAAGCAGCAUCAGUCAACCAGGAAAUGAUUUUAGCACAAAGGAUGCAGACAACGACAAAUGUAUUUGCAAAUGUUCACAAAUGCUAACAGGAGGCUGGUGGUUUGAUGCAUGUGGUCCUUCCAACUUGAACGGAAUGUACUAUCCACAAAGGCAGAACACAAAUAAGUUCAACGGCAUUAAGUGGUACUACUGGAAAGGCUCAGGCUACUCGCUCAAGGGCACAACCAUGAUGAUCCGACCGGCAGAUUUCUAAACACCCGAGUCCACCUGAGGAAGACUGUCUCGAACUAUUUUCAAAGACUUAAACCCAAUGCACUGAAAGUCACGGCUGCGCACUGUGUCCUCUUCCACCACAGAGGGCGUGUGCUCAGUGCUGACGGGACCCAUGUGCUCCAGAUUACAGCCUGUAGACUUUGUCACUUAAACUUGCAUCACUUAACAGACCAAAGCAAGACCCUAAACAUCUGUAAUGGUGAUUAGACAGAACACCUAUGGAAAGAUGAACCCGAGGCUGAGCAUCAGAUUGACAAUUUACAGACUCUGCUGUCACAACGAAGAAUGUUAUGUGCAAGUUUAUCAGUAAAUAACUGGAAAACAGAACACUUAUGUUAUACAAUACAGAUCAUCUUGGAACUGCAUUCUUCUGAGCACUGUUUACACAUUGUGUAAAUAUCCAUAUGUCCUGAAUUCACCAUCACUAUCACAAUUAAAAGGAAGAAAAAAAUCUCUAAGCCAUAAAAAGACAUAUUCAGGGAUAUUCUGAGAAGGGGUUACUAGAAGUUUAAUAUUUGGAAAAACAGUUAGUGCAUUUUUACUCCAUCUCUUAGGUGCUUUAAAUUUUUAUUUCAAAAACAGCGUAUUUACAUUUAUGUUGACAGCUUAGUUUUAAGUUAAUGCUCAAAUACGUAUUUCAAGUUUAUAUGGUGGAAACUUCUAGGAUCUCUGAAAUUAUCAACAGAAACAUGUGCCAUUUUAGUUUAUAUGCAGAUUGUACUAUUUUUUUCUGCCUGAUUGUUAAAUAUGAAGGUAUUUUUAGUAAUUAAAUAUAACUUAUUAGGGGAUAUGCCUAUGUUUAACUUUUAUGAUAAUAUUUACAAUUUUAUAAUUUGUUUCUGAAAGAACUAAUUGUGCCUUGUGAUAAGGAAACCUUUGAUUUUAAUGAUGAGGAAAAUUAUACAUUUCAUUCUAUGACAAAGAAACUUUACUAUCUUCUCACUAUUCUAAAACAGAGGUGUGUUUUCUUUUCUAGUAAGAUAUAUUUUUAUAGAACUAGGCUACAAUUUAAUUUGUAGUUGAGAAAAGCCUUCUAUUUAAGAAAUUUACAAAGCUAUAUGUCUCAAGAUUCACCCUUAAAUUUACUUAAGGAAAAAAAUAAUUGACACUAGUAAGAUUUUUUUAUGUCAAUCAGCAAACUGAAAAAAAAAGUGUUUCAAAGUGCAAAAACAAAAUCUGAUGUUCAUAAUAUAUUUAAAUAUUUACAGAAAAUUUGAGAACACGGGGCCGGGCGCAGUGGCUCACACCUGUAAUCCCAGUACAUUGGGAGGCCGAGGUGGGCAGGUCACCUGAGGUCAGGAGUUCAAGACCAGCCUGGCCAACAUGGUGAAACCCCAUCUCUAUUAAAUAAUACAAAAACUAGCCAGGCGUGGUGGUGGGCGCCUGUAAUCCCAGCUACUCGGGAGGCUGGAUCAGGGAGAAUUGCUUGAACCCAGGAGGCGGAGGCUGCAGUGAGCCAAGAUCACGCCACUGCACUCCAGCCUGGGUGACAGAGCAAGACUCCAUCUCAAAAAAAAAAAAAAAAAGAAAGAAAAGAAAAUUUGAGAACACAGCUUUAUACUCAGGAUUACAAAACCAUAAACUCCUAGAGUUUUAACUCCUUUUGAAAUUUUCAUAGUACAAUUAAUACUAAUGAACAUUUGUGUAAAGCUUUAUAAUUUAAAGGCAAUCUCUCAUAUAUUCUUUUCUGAGUCAUUUGCAAGGAAGUUCAGAGUCCAGUCCACAACUAGCAUCUACUAUAUGUCUGUCUUUACCUUCUAUUGUACCAUUAUUUUUUCUUUAUUCCAUUUUAAAAUCUAAUUUAUUUUACGCCAACUUCUCCCUGCUCCCUUGACGUAGUUUUAGAACACAUAGGUGUUGCUACAUAUUUUGAGUCAGUGAUGAACUCUGGCAAAGUCAAGGCUCUGUUUUAUUUCCACCAAGGUCCACUUUUCCAACAACUAUUUAACUGAGUCAAGAACCUCCCUACCUUAGAACUGUAUCUACUUUAUAUUUAAGAAGGUUUUAUGAAUUCAACAACAGUAUCAUGGCCUUGUAUCAAGUUGAAAAACAACGGAAAAUAAGAAAAUUUCACAGCCUCAAAAGACAACAACAAGUUUCUAUGAUAUUUCAAUGACAACAGUGAUGGAUACUUAGGCAGGGAAAUGAUAAUGCAAGAAAAACUGGCAACAACACAAUUUAUAUCAAUUUUCCAUGUAGGCAGGUGAAACAAAAUUCAAGGACAAAUCUCAUUAUGUCAUUGGGCAUCAUAUAUAAUCUCUUAUGACCGAGAAUGGGGGGAAUUUGUGUUUUUACUUUACACUUCAGUUCCUUACACAGUAUUUCAAACAAACAGUUUUGCUAAGAGGAACUUUUCUCUCCUUAAGAAAACAUUUAUAAAGCUGAAAGGAAAUCAAACAGUAAUCUUAAAAAUGAAAACAAACAACCCAACAACCUAGAUAACUACAGUGAUCAGGGAGCACAGUUCAACUCCUUUUUAUGUUUUAGCCAUACGGCCUACUCAAACAGCUAUAUAACAAUACGGGUGGCAGAUAAAAAUCACCAUUUAUCUUUCAGAUAUUAAUCUUUUGAAUGAAUAAACUGUCACAAGCAAGUUAACAUUUUUGAACAUGAAAGGCAACUUCCGCACAAUUCUAUAUCCAACCAAACCUUAAAUUACCCGCUUAAUUAUUACUUCAUCUUAAAAAAAAUUAGAACCCAGAACUUUUCCAUGAAGCAUUUGAAAGUUGAAGUGAAAUUUAGGAAAGUCAUAAAAAUAUAAAGACUGUUACCACAGCACCAGCAAGCCAUAAUUUUUACAUCUAUCAGUUCUGCCUCUAUCAACAGGAAAAACAUUAAGCAAGAUAUAAGACUACUUGCCCAAGAAUUCAGUCUUUUUUCAAUUUUGUUUUUCUCAAUUCUGAGGACUUUAAUCAUUAAAUUUUCUUUGGACUGCAUUCCUGACUACUUUUUGCAGAAUGGUCUCACGUUCUCACAUUUGUUCCCACAAAUAAAUUGAUAAAAGAUGUUAAGUUCUGUGAAUGUCUUUUUAAUUAUGGGCAUAAUUGUGCUUGACUUGAUAAAAACUUAAUUCUACCCUUACGUUUAUAAUAAUUUCUUGAGAACACCAAAUUGCAUUUACCAUCAUAAAACAAUAUUUGACUUACAGGAGCUGCAGGGAAGUGAUUAGACAGUUCGAAUGGCUCCUCAGAAAUCCAUUGACCCGAUUCUAAAGACCACAGCACCUGCAAGUGAUACAAUAAGCAGAUUUAUUAUACAUUUAUUAGGCUUAGCAGGCAAUAAACCAAGAGUCACUUUGAAGACACAGCAAAAACAAAACAAAAAAUUCAGCAGUGAUACACUCCGCAGAUCUGAAAUAGAUGUGUUCUCAAACAAUAAAGUCCCUUCAGAAUCUUCAUGUUGCAUAAAUGUUAUGAAUAUUAAUAAAAACUUGGUUAAGAAA